AUGAGCUCGGGCAAGAACGCAGAUAACGAUCUGCUUGCUCGCCUCAACGCGUUGAAGAAAUCGACCAUAGCACUUGAUACCCCGACACUUGCCCCACCAAGGACACAGGUCAACAAUGAUAUUCCCAUCGAUCCUUCAGCAGGCCGCGCGCUGCACGAGGCGCUCUCGGAUCGCUUCAAGUUGCUGUCAGGAGGGGAACGAGCCCCCGUGAACGACAAUGGGCGAAUCAACAGCUUAGACGAAGGCGAAGCAUUCCCUGGUGACAACGAUGACAGGACGUUUGAGGAAUUGCUCGCUGAUCUAGGGCCUGCCGAUCAGUGGAACGUAGGCAAGACAGAGCAAGACGAAGUCAAUGACCUACUUCGUUCUGCCGGCGCCGCGCUCAAUAGCAAGCCCGCCCUGGAGACCAUACCAGGGGAAGCAGAAGGUGCAGAUUCUGCGGCCACGAAAUUCGAGCACACUCUGCCCUCAGUGGACGUCACAGCCUUCCAGCCUGAACCCGACUCUGACGACGAAGAUGGAGAAUCGGCCUCGUCUCGACCUACCAAAACGAAACUCAAUGCCACGAUCAACGACGAGGCUGAUGCCGUGCUCCAGCGACUCUUGGACGAAGUAAAGUACGAGGAGAAGCACGGUUCGACGCCUGAUCAAGGUGACGAGGCGUCCUCGGCGCAUGAGGACGACGAGACGACCGAUGGCGACGAGAAAGCUUCUGACGGUGCUGGCAAUGUGCGGCAAGGCAGAGAUACUGGAGACACUGGCGCUGAAUUACCUGGUCCGAAAGCAACGACUUCUAAAGCGGUCGCAGAUCCCUUCGCCACCCUCUCCCUUCCCUCCGCACCAAAAUCUGCACUUCCCUCCCUGCCCGUCAACAAGAGCCCCAUCGGAGCUCUCAACACCGCCGACAGCGACCUAGCCUCCCGCUUCGCCUCCCUUUCCCUCCCAACUACGAUCAACACGCCUUCACUGCCACCUGUUCCCACAACCACGACCAAAACACCCAAGACGAAGUUCCAGCCCACCGACGAAGAGAUAGACACCUGGUGCAGCAUCUGCCUCGACAACGCGACCCUCUCGUGUCUCGGCUGCGACGGCGAGUUGUACUGCACCAACUGCUGGCUCGAGGGUCAUCGUGGAGAGGAUGCGGGAAUGGAAGAACGGGGCCACCGGGCUGUGCAAUUCGGAGGGAAGAAGCAAGCGAAGAAGAAGGUUGCGAUGGGAGCGUAG